AUGGAUCAACAGCAAGAAGUUUCCGGGAGAAAAAUUGUUACGUCCAUGCCGUUUAACGUAAAUGGUACUUUGCAUAACAGACACUUUUCAAACGUUUUACUUCUUACUUUUACCUUGAUGUUGCAGCAUUCUUUCAGAUUCUUAAACUUUCUUGGUUUUAAUUACUUAUCACAAAAAUUUAGACUAGACAAAGACAGCAAAGCUUUAAUAGUAAUCAUUCAUGAUGAAAAGGGAUUUCAAAUGCAAAAUUCAGCACUAUCAUCAUUACUUAUAGACGAUGGUUGA